AUGUCAUUACCCAGGCUUCCACCCCGGGGCCCUCAGGAUCCGCGUUCCCCCAGCGCACAAGCAACUCCAUCGAACGCAGAGUCCCUGAAGCGAGCCACUGGGGCCUACGAUGGUUCAUAUCCACCCCGGACUGGCGUGUACACAGACAACACGUGCUCAGGUGAAACCUCCAACUGCGGGGCCCCCGGCCGAUGCGAUCAGCGCCGUGGGACCAACAUCAGGCUGAGUUUGGACUCGUGGCUAUGGUACGUGCCCUUUAAGUCAGAACCGUGGGACCAACAUCAGGCUGAGUUUGGACUCGUGGCUAUGAACCGUGGGACUAACAUCAGGCAGAGUUUGGACUCGUGGCUAUGGUACGUGCCCUUUAAGUCAGAGCCGUGGGACCAACAUCAGGCUGAGUUUGGACUCGUGGCUAUGAGCCGUGGAACCAACAUCAGGCUGAGUUUGGAGUCGUGGCUAUGGUACGUGCCCUUUAAGUCAGCGCCGUGGGACCAACAUCAGGCUGAGUUUGGACUCGUGGCUAUGCGCCGUGGGACCAACAUCAGGCUGAGUUUGGACUCGUGGCUAUGGUACGUGCCCUUUAAGUCAGCGCCGUGGGACCAACAUCAGGCUGAGUUUGGACUCGUGGCUAUGAACCGUGGGACUAACAUCAGGCUGAGUUUGGACUCGUGGCUAUGGUACGUGCCCUUUAAGUCAGCGCCGUGGGACCAACAUCAGGCUGAGUUUGGACUCGUGGCUAUGAGCCGUGGGACCAACAUCAGGCUGAGUUUGGAGUCGUGGCUAUGGUACGUGCCCUUUAAGUCAGCGCCGUGGGACCAACAUCAGGCUGAGUUUGGACUCGUGGCUAUGAGCCGUGGGACCAACAUCAGGCUGAGUUUGGACUCGUGGCUAUGGUACGUGCCCUUUAAGUCAGAACCGUGGGACCAACAUCAGGCUGAGUUUGGAGUCGUGGCUAUGAACCGUGGGACUAACAUCAGGCAGAGUUUGGACUCGUGGCUAUGGUACGUGCCCUUUAAGUCAGAGCCGUGGGACCAACAUCAGGCUGAGUUUGGACUCGUGGCUAUGUCAGAGCCGUGGAACCAACAUCAGGCUGAGUUUGGAGUCGUGGCUAUGAGCCGUGGAACCAACAUCAGGCUGAGUUUGGAGUCGUGGCUAUGGUACGUGCCCUUUAAGUCAGCGCCGUGGGACCAACAUCAGGCUGAGUUUGGACUCGUGGCUAUGAGCCGUGGAACCAACAUCAGGCUGAGUUUGGAGUCGUGGCUAUGGUACGUGCCCUUUAAGUCAGCGCCGUGGGACCCAACAUCAGCUGAGUUGACCAUCAGGCUGAGUUUGGACUCGUGGCUAUAUCAGCGCCGUGGGACCAACAUCAGGCUGAGUUUGGACUCGUGGCUAUGGUACGUGCCCUUUAAGUCAGAGCCGUGGAACCAACAUCAGGCUGAGUUUGGAGUCGUGGCUAUGUCAGACCGUGGGACUAACAUCAGGCAGAGUUUGGACUCGUGGCUAUGGUACGUGCCCUUUAAGUCAGAGCCGUGGAACCAACAUCAGGCUGAGUUUGGAUCGUGGCUAUGUCAGCGCCGUGGGACCAACAUCAGGCUGAGUUUGGACUCGUGGCUAUGGUACGUGCCCUUUAAGUCAGAGCCGUGGAACCAACAUCAGGCUGAGUUUGGAGUCGUGGCUAUGCGCCGUGGGACCAACAUCAGGCUGAGUUUGGACUCGUGGCUAUGGUACGUGCCCUUUAAGUCAGCGCCGUGGGACCAACAUCAGGCUGAGUUUGGACUCGUGGCUAUGCGCCGUGGGACCAACAUCAGGCUGAGUUUGGACUCGUGGCUAUGUCAGAGCCGUGGGACCAACAUCAGGCUGAGUUUGGACUCGUGGCUAUGGUACGUGCCCUUUAAGUCAGAGCCGUGGAACCAACAUCAGGCUGAGUUUGGAGUCGUGGCUAUGAACCGUGGAACCAACAUCAGGCAGAGUUUGGACUCGUGGCUAUGGUACGUGCCCUUUAAGUCAGCGCCGUGGGACCAACAUCAGGCUGAGUUUGGACUCGUGGCUAUGCGCCGUGGGACCAACAUCAGGCUGAGUUUGGACUCGUGGCUAUGGUACGUGCCCUUUAAGUCAAACCGUGGGACUAACAUCAGGCAGAGUUUGGACUCGUGGCUAUGGUACGUGCCCUUUAAGUCAGAGCCGUGGAACCAACAUCAGGCUGAGUUUGGAGUCGUGGCUAUGCGCCGUGGGACCAACAUCAGGCUGAGUUUGGACUCGUGGCUAUGGUACGUGCCCUUUAAGUCAGCGCCGUGGGACCAACAUCAGGCUGAGUUUGGACUCGUGGCUAUGCGCCGUGGGACCAACAUCAGGCUGAGUUUGGACUCGUGGCUAUGUCAGCGCCGUGGGACCAACAUCAGGCUGAGUUUGGACUCGUGGCUAUGUCAGAGCCGUGGGACCAACAUCAGGCUGAGUUUGGACUCGUGGCUAUGGUACGUGCCCUUUAAGUCAGAACCGUGGACUAACAUCAGGCUGAGUUUGGACUCGUGGCUAUGUCAGCGCCGUGGGACCAACAUCAGGCUGAGUUUGGACUCGUGGCUAUGGUACGUGCCCUUUAAGUCAGAGCCGUGGAACCAACAUCAGGCUGAGUUUGGAGUCGUGGCUAUGCGCCGUGGGACCAACAUCAGGCUGAGUUUGGACUCGUGGCUAUGGUACGUGCCCUUUAAGUCAGAGCCGUGGAACCAACAUCAGGCUGAGUUUGGAGUCGUGGCUAUGCGCCGUGGGACCAACAUCAGGCUGAGUUUGGACUCGUGGCUAUGGUACGUGCCCUUUAAGUCAGCGCCGUGGGACCAACAUCAGGCUGAGUUUGGACUCGUGGCUAUGCGCCGUGGGACCAACAUCAGGCUGAGUUUGGACUCGUGGCUAUGGUACGUGCCCUUUAAGUCAGAGCCGUGGAACCAACAUCAGGCUGAGUUUGGAGUCGUGGCUAUGCGCCGUGGGACCAACAUCAGGCUGAGUUUGGACUCGUGGCUAUGGUACGUGCCCUUUAAGUCAGCGCCGUGGGACCAACAUCAGGCUGAGUUUGGACUCGUGGCUAUGCGCCGUGGGACCAACAUCAGGCUGAGUUUGGACUCGUGGCUAUGGUACGUGCCCUUUAAGUCAGCGCCGUGGGACCAACAUCAGGCUGAGUUUGGACUCGUGGCUAUGAAGCUGCGGUUGUUCACAUCUUCAGGGCUGGGUUCUGGAGCCUCCGUCAUUCUGCGCUCUGUAAACAAAGACACUAAAUGA